ACGCACAGGAACGAGUUCUUAGAUGUCGUUCACUCCAUAAAUCUCAAAAUAACGAGUUUUGUGGAAAUGUUUGAUCACGUCUUUCCUUCAGUAAGAAAGGAGAGAAUAAUAUAUCCCUGUGUUGUGUGACACAGUUUACAAGGUCUGUUGUAUAACCCAUUAUCACAGGCGGAAAUAGUGCUUUAUGCGAUUGAUCCUUGGACAGUCAGUUAAGGUGAAAAUAUCGCUGUAGGUUAGUCACUGAUUAUACUUUAAGAUUAAAGGUUGUCCAACAGCAUUCAGGCAGCAUUUGACAAAACUCUCUCCCUUCUGUUUACCUGUGUCUGUCUGAAACGCAGGCUGGUUAAGGAUGAAACAUGUCAGGGUUGCGGUGGUGGGAGCAGGUGUGGUCGGCCUCUCAACAGCUGUCUGCAUCGCUGAGGCUCUUCCUCACUGCUCAGUCACCCUGCUGGCUGAGAAGUUCAGUCCAGACACCACCAGUGAUGGAGCUGCUGGGAUCCUGUGGCCUGUAACGCUUCCGGAUAUUCCCUUGGAAAGACAAAGAAGCUGGCUCAAGGACAGCUUUGAUCACCUGUUGGCCAUUGCCCAAUCACAACACUCUCCGGAAGCAGGAGUCAUGCUCAGCUCUGGCUGGACAAUUUUCAAGGAAGUUCCAGCCAAUAAAAAGCCUCAUUUUUCAGACCUUGUGAUCGGCUUCCGUAACAUGACUGAUAAUGAAAUGAAAAGGUUUCCAGACCAUAAGUUUGGCCAUGCGUUCACCACACUAAAGUGUGAAUGUUCGAGCUACCUGCUGUGGCUUGAGAAAAGAUUCAGAAAAGCCGGGGGUCAGGUUGAAAAGAGGAAGGUCAACAGUCUUCAGGAGCUGAGCAACAGCUAUGAUAUCAUUGUAAACUGCUCUGGUCUGGGCUCUAAAACGCUGGUGGGUGACUCUGAAGUUUACCCGGUCAGAGGCCAGGUCCUCAAGGUGGAGGCCCCCUGGCUGAAGCACUUCAUCAGAGACGGCGAUGGAAAAACCUACAUCUACCCCGGCAUACACUCCGUCACCAUAGGUGGCACGAGGCAGGAGGAUGACUGGAGACUAGAGGUGGACAAAGGAGACACACAGGGCAUCCUGGAGCGCUGCAGCCAGCUGGAGCCGUCGCUCAGCAAAGCGAAAGUCCUCAGUGAGUGGGUGGGACUGAGGCCGAGCAGGAAGUGUCCGAGGGUGGAGAGGGAGGUGGUGCGCCUGCAGGGUCGCAGCGUGCCUGUGGUGCACAACUAUGGCCACGGAGCCUGGGGAGUCACCCUCGCCUGGGGAACCGCCCAAGAUGCACUGGGGCUGGUCCGCAAUGCCUCCAUGAAAUGAAGCUACAGGCCAAACUGUGAAAAUCUGAAAUCCUUUUACUGUACGAAGAGAACACUUUAAUGGUAAGGCACACUGGGGAUGUAUAAUACAGUUAGACACAAAAUCAAGACUCAGUGAAAAUAUCUGAAGAAUUUACAUUUGAUUCGAUCAUUUUUGCACAAUGUAUAUAAAGACAUUGUUCAUGUAGGUAAAAUGAACUUAACAGUGUGGUGUAGACACAGAGGGACUGCUUAUGUAAUGUAAAUACUGUUUUCUAAUUUCUAUUAGCAGCCAAUAACAGAUGCUUAACAUAGAUUUGCUGUCAGAGAUAAACUGAAUAGAAACACAUAAAACACUUUGGAUGUGAGUGAUCACCAGCCUGUGAGAGUAUGUAUAUAAUGAACAUAGAAAAUGAAAGCUUUAUUAAUGUAAUUAAAGAGCAAGAAAGUAUUUUACAUCAUUUACUGACAUGAAACUUCUAGAGAUCAACAUCGUGCACAUGUAAGAAAUCGCUUGCUGCAACUAUUACUAAAUGUUUGUCACUUCACUGAAAGAUUGUUUAAAAAAAAAGUGCAAAAUAAACUUCUGAGAACUGCU